UGGUUUGUCCCGAGUCGCUCUGGAAGCAGGAGGGUCAACAUGGCGUCUGAACAGGAGAGUUCCAACGGUCCCGUGAAGAAGUCCAUGCGAGAGAAGGCCGUAGAGCGUCGUGGCAUCAACAAGGAACACAACAGUAACUUCAAAGCCGGCUACGUGCCCAUCGAAGAAGAACGCCUCCACAAGACGGGCCUGAGAGGACGCAAAGGAAACAUGGCUGUUUGCAUCGUGGUCCUGCUCUUCCUCCUCGCCUUGAUCAACCUCAUUAUCACUCUGGUGAUCUGGACGGUGAUCCGCAUCGGUCCGAACGGCUGCGACAGCAUCGAGUUCCACGAGUCGGGCCUGCUGCGCUUCAAGCAGAAGGCGGACAUGGGCAUCGUUCACCCGCUGCACAAGAGCACCGUGGGGGGCCGCAAGGACCAGGACCUGGUGCUCGUGGGCAACAACAACCCGGUGGUGUUCCAGCAAGGCACCACGAAGCUGAGCGUGGAGAAGGACAAGACCUCGGUGGUCAGCGACGUCGGCAUCUCCUUCACGGACCCUCGCACGCAGACCACGUUCUUCAGCACCGACUUUGAAAACCACGAGUUCCAUCUGCCCAAAGGGGUGAAAGUGCUCAGCGUGAAGAAGGCCUCCACGGAGAGGAUCACCAGCAGCGCGGCGUCUGACCUGAACAUCAAAGGGGACGGCAAGGCCAUCAUCCGCGGAAACGAGGGCGUCAACAUCAUGGGCCGAACCGUGGAGUUCAAGAUGGGAGGCGGCAUCGAGCUGCGGGCCGAGAACAGCAUCGUCCUGAACGGCUCCGUCAUGUUCAACGCCUCCCGCAUCCCCCACUCCGCGGGCGACGUGUACUUCGACGAGGGCAUGGAGCGCUACAAGCUGUGCAUGUGUGCGGACGGGACUCUGUUCCGCGUGCAGGUGAAGUACCCCAACAUGGGCUGCCAGACGUCGGAGAACCCCUGUGGGAAGGCCCUCUAGAGGGGAAGACCCUCUGGAGAGGAAGACCCUCUAGAGGGGAAGGCCCUCUAGAGGGGAAGACCCUCUGGAGAAGAAGACCCUCUAGAGGGGAAGGCCCUCUAGAGGGGAGGACCCUCUGGAGAGGAAGACCCUCUAGAGGGGAAGGCCCUCUAGAGGGGAGGACCCCCCCUAGAGAGCCUUGAGGACAUUAAUCUGCAGUGUUCAGCCUCAUUUUUGUGUUUGCCAAAAUCGGGAAUCGUGUAACAGAUCGUCGCCGCUCGGCCAAAGAUGUGAAACUCGUAAGCGCUGCAGUGUUUUUUUAAAUUUUUUGUUGACAUUGUGUAGAGAUUAUAAUGCCGUGAACCCGUCCGGUAUUACUAAUACACAAACCCUUUUAUCUGGCUCACCUGUUCAUCGUUGCUGGCAGCUUUGUUUGAUAUUUUACUUUAUUGUACACACUACACCAUUAUAAUGUUUAUUCUAUAUUACAUUUUUAGGAUGAAUUGUAAAAAGAAAAACAGAUAUAAAAAAGAUAUAUCGUAAGCCAUCCAGUAAUGUUAAGACUCUUUCCGAGACUGUCUACCGUGCACGUGCCAAUGGACGAUAAAGAAUAUAAUAUAUAUGUAAUAUUCACAUUUUUAACGCAGUAUUGAUCGACGGGAGGAGAGUAUGUGCACUAAAGUUAUGCUGCAGAUUAAUUAUCUUUAAAUGUUGAUGAAUGUCAGGAAAGUUUAAAUCAGUCGCUCGGUUUGAAGCUUUUAUUGAGUGGUUUGAAUUUUGUGCAAUAUAGUAAAAAAAAAUAUAUAUAAAUAAAAGGAUUAGAAUUUAA